AUCAAAAUGAUACUACGAACCGUGAUCCAGAAAGUUCUGGGUAGAAGACGUUAACUACCCAGCUAAAAUGGCCCCGAAGUGCAACAUCUGACCCUGUAAAUCCUCUCCGAACUCCAAGACCCGACAAGAUCAGUGAAUUGCAAAAAUCCUAGGUUUUAUAUAACGCCUCCACCCUACUCUACUUACUUCUCACGCGUUCUCUCUCUUUCUUCUCCUCGAGGGCGAUGAUCCUUCAGUUUCGACAACACACCCCUCAACGUAAAAAACAGAGAUAGCGAUAUAUCAAACUGCCUUAACCUUUCUAAUCACCUCACGCUAAUUCCACGUUCAAUGAAAGUUGGCGCAAAGACAGCGUGCGAACAGUGGACUUUUAUCCCUCACUUUUAUUUCUCAAACCUCUUUGGUAGCAACUCCAACCUUAUAUCUAGCCCAUACCAUAAGCAUCCCAAAUGGUAAUGACUUUGCAACAUUUUUCUCUUUCUUCGUUGUGUUACGUGUUGUUUCCAUAAGUGCCCAGAGAAUUGGAAUCGGAAAUUUUGGUUUGGUUGAGGCUUUACUGUUCUCCUUGGGGGGAAGCUCUCUCUCUCUCUCGGUGAAUACUGUUCUCCUCGGUUGAUCUCGGUCCCGGUGUCCGACAUCUAGAUACCAUUUACGUGUCUCUAUUCUUGGAGAAAAUCAAAUACCCAAACCGAAGUCGCUUUAUCAUUGCCAUUAUGAGAUGCAUUCCGGGGCUUAUGGUUCUGCCAAUGGGGGAAAUUUUCAUUUGAAAUGGGUGAUAUUGGAUUCGAUGUUCUCGAAAACAUCACACCCAGAAGCUGGAUUUGAUUGAAAAUCGAGGUAAAGAUGCAAUCAAGGUGGAUGGCAUUGGAGGAAGGCAAGGACCCCUCCACUACAGUGAGAACAAAUCAGUCUAGGGCUUUCCCUUUGAGAGUCCUUCAAUUUUUCUUGAUAUUUUUCGUGCUGGGACUUGGCAUUUCAAUUGUUAGCAUGUACAUGACUCGGUAUUUCAAAGUUCAGAUUGUUGCUCCCGUUGCAGAGUCCACUCUUAGGCCUUGCUUGGAUGAGCAAACUACUGUAGAGAGUUGGAUUAGACCUCCAUCAAAUCUGUUGCACACCAUGAAUGACACGCAUCUGUUGUGGCUGGCUUCAUCUGUUCCUCGGAUAAAGACUUAUCCAUUCAAGAGAGUUCCCAAGAUUGCGUUCAUGUUCUUGACAAAGGGACCAUUGCCAAUGUCACCCCUUUGGGAGCGGUUCUUUAAGGGGAACGAGGGGCUUUACUCAAUCUAUGCUCAUUCACUGCCAUCUUACAAUGCCAAUUUUACAACUUCAUCCGUUUUUUACAGGAGACAAAUCCCAAGUCAGGUGGCAGAGUGGGGAAGAAUGAGCAUGUGUGAUGCUGAGAGGAGACUCCUAGCUAAUGCAUUGCUUGAUAUAUCAAAUGAAUGGUUUGUCCUCCUCUCUGAGACUUGCAUUCCUCUCCACAACUUCAGCAUUAUUUAUCACUACAUAUCAAGAUCCAGGUACAGCUUUGUGGGUUCAAUUGAUGAACUCGGUCCGUAUGGGAGAGGGCGCUAUAAUCAAAACAUGACACCUGAGGUCAACCUCACCGACUGGCGUAAAGGGUCUCAGUGGUUUGAAGUUAAUCGGGAACUUGCAGUGAAGAUAGUUGAAGACACCACUUACUACCCCAAAUUCAAAGAGUUCUGCCAACCAGCAUGUUAUGUGGAUGAGCACUACUUCCAGACAAUGCUGAGCAUCGAAACUCCACAUCUUUUGGCAAACAGGAGCCUUACUUAUGUGGACUGGUCAAGAGGUGGUGCUCACCCUGCUACAUUUGGGAAAGCUGAUAUCAACGAAGAAUUUUUCAAGAAGAUUUUUGAAAGUAAGACAUGCAUUUACAAUAACCAACCAUCUUCACUUUGUUUCCUUUUUGCUAGAAAGUUUUCUCCAAAUGCUUUGGAUCCUCUAUUGGGAUUAUCAUCCAAAGUUCUAGGCUUCUGAGAUGCAUGUUUGGAUAAAUGUUAGUUCGGGCGUGUAGGUCAGCUAUGACUUAUGAGUAAAAUACACUUGGUCAAAUGGUGAUUUAUCUCAUUUCGCUCCCUCACAGGAUUUUGAAACAUCAACAUUUCACCAUUUAGAUGUAUAGAAAAAUUAGACGUACUAUUAUUAUCUUAGACGAGUUCAGGCAUAAGAAAUCCUACAUUUUAUUGAGUUGUCAGUUGACCAUAUGUGUGCGCGCGCACGCCCGAGCGACUCUGGCGUUUUUAAGUUAAUCUUGCAACCUCCUUUCUGGUGGGAUGUUUUUCGUCUUUGCAAUAAUAUUAUGAAACUGUCUUGUA